AUGCCAGGACUCAAAUACACAGCGCUAUUUUCGGCUCUGGUCGUGGGUAGUGUCGUGAAUGGAUUGGAAGAUGUCGCGCCAGUAACGGCCGCUGUCCCCAACCCGCAAAGUUUGUAUAUCCAGUUUAUGCAUCCCACGCCGAGGUCUUAUGGGUAUGGCCAGGAUUUGGGUUUCCGCCUCAGUGUCAACCCCUCUUUUUCCUCUCUCACCCCCGGCAAUUGUGCCUCGCCAAACAUAACAAUCAACAACCAACCCCUUCUUUCUCCGCCUUCGGAAGACGGGUCUUUUACGCUAGAUAACGAUAUCAAGGUCGAUCUCACUUGGGAGUCACGGUGUUUCCCUUCCUCAACUAACGUCGACGUCGACGUCGAUAACGCCGACCCUGCUCUCAACGGAACUAGCAACGACGGCGAAGCAGAUUCCAAGCAGCAAUCGCGAUCGCAAUCGGUUACGCUUGAUUUGAAGAGCGUGGACGGACAGCCGGUCAAGGAAGAGCUGAGCUGCACGAUCUGGUUCAGACAGGAAGAGCCGGUCUGGGCGUUUGGAGUAGCGGGGUGGUGCGUUGAUGCGCGGAUUAGGGAUGUCAGGGGGAAGCAUGGGCGGUGGGAGGUUAUUUUUGACGAUGCCACUAAUUUCGGAGGCAACGCAGUAGGAGAGGGAAACGGAGGAGAAUACGGGAAAGGGGGGAGUAGAGUGAUGCGAUUGAUGACGGAGAGGAAGGAGUUCGAGAAGGAGGUGGAAUGUUUGGAGUAUCGGCGGAGCGUGACUGCAGACCAGGAGGAGGAGGGAACUCGUGUGGUUAGACAGGGGCAUGGUCAUGGCUAUGCGCAACAGCCGGUCGUCAGCAGGGAGUACGCAGCAAACCGACAACGCCUCGAAACACUCUGCGCGAACCUCCCGCCGAGAGCGGUCGACACCAGCAUCUCCUCCUCUGUCCAUCCGCCGUGGCAGUUACCGCAUCAUCGACCGGCUAGACCAGCUCGUCUCCCAUUCCCUGACCUUUUCUUGGACUCUCCCUCACCAUCAAUCCAAAAACAGACUCUAGCUUUGCUUUACGCAUCCCUCCGCGCCUCGUUCCAGGCUCACCUUGCUGUCCUCUCAUCUACCCGCCUUGCUGCCUACCUCAUUUUCCUGUCUCUUCCUAUCUUCGCUUGCCUCUUCCACUGCCUGCGCAGGUUACGCAACCGUAGAAGAAGACUGGCUCGGAGAAACGGACUGGGAGAGCCGGCGAUAGUGGGAGAAUCGCCUUGUCCCGGCUUUUACGGAAGUGAUGAAAGCUGUGGGGAGUGCAUGGCUAGGUAUUUCGCGCAGAUGGAAGUUGAAGCUGGCGAAAACGACGAGGAGUGUGGAAGUGGGUGGGAUGAUGGAGCUGGGGAGAAGGUGAGCGAGGAGGUGGGUGAGGAGGAGUCGCUGGAGGAGAAGGGGCAGAUGUCCGAGGAAAGGUGCGAGGGCACGGCAGAUGCGAAGGAAGAAAAGGAGAGGUUAUCAGAACAAGAGUACCAGCACUGCCGCGAAUACCACGCUGUCCCGGAGGAUGGGUUUGCGUUGCGGUACGAGCCAGGGUCCGAAACCCAGACUGUUCACGAGCCUGUUGCCCAGCAGGUUGUUGUUGUUGAUGAUGAUGAUGAUGAUGAUGAAAGGGGAUGGGAUGAGAAGGAAACCUUGGUUGACUCUGAAGACGAGCGCGAGAAGGCGCGCGGAGAUGAAGUCGGGGAGAGCAGCAAUGGUGAGGAUAGCGGCGGAGAGGAGAGCGAUGAUGACUUGUCUAUUGGAGGUGAACUGGCUUCGUUCAUGAGGGCUGCGAAUUUGGUGGAAGAUAUGAUUCGGGCUGGAGCGAGGCGAGAAGCGGUUCCAAGACCUAGACCUGAGGUCGUCGCUCCGGUAAAUAUCAGGCGGCAGGCGCCUGGAACGCCUCCACCUCCGAGUUAUGGGGAGGUAGUAGGGCUGAGGGGCCACGGGAUUGCUGAUGAUGAAGGGUUACCGCCUCGGUAUGAGGAGCAUUUGAGGAGUCGAAGGUGA